AUGGGGAAGUAUGUGAGUCUGAUCCUCUGUAUCGCCGGACUUUGGUCAGUGAGGGACACUGAUGCUCACGGUCGACUCUGGAAACCAUGCGCCAGACAGACACUAUUUAGACUGUACGGAACAGCAAGAUUUAAAGCCGAUUAUGAUGAUGUGAGCCUGUUUUGUGGAGGAAGGCAGAGACAAUGGUCGGUCAAUGGCGGAAAAUGCGGGGUAUGUGGAGAUGCUUACGAUCUGCCCCAAUCCAACAAACGCUAUGAAGUGGGCGGGGACGACACAUACGCUACAGGGUUCAUAGCAGAAACCUACCACCAAGGACAGAUGGUCGACGUGUUGGUGGAGCUGACAGCAGCGCAUCUAGGAAAAUUCUUUUUCAGGAUUUGUAAACAAACUAACGAGAAUAUUGAGGUAACUCAGGAUUGCCUAGACAGAACGCCAUUAAAGGUGGAACAGAAUGGUGUGUACAAUGAUUACUAUGAUGUAAAAGCAAGUGGUAUGAGAGCAAAUAUUUCCCUAACAGUACAGCUUCCGGGAGAUUUGUCAUGUGAUCAUUGUGUCUUUCAGUGGUGGUAUAAAACAGGUAACAGUUGGGGAACAGACCCUGGGGGUGACAGUUGUCUAGGUUGUGGGGAACAAGAGACAUUCGUGAAUUGUGCUGACGUGAAAAUCCUACCAAGUGAUGGAACUCUAACACAAGCCCCAACAGUUCGACCAAUCACAAAUCGUCCCACUACAGACCAACCAAUCACAAAUCGCCCCACUACAGACCAACCAAUCACAAAUCGCCCUACUACAAUAAAUCCCUGGUUUAUUACACGAGCACCCACUACAUCUCGUCCUUCUACUCGACCUCCUACCAAUCCUGACAGUUUUGUCUCCGUCUGUCCUGAUGGAGAAACCCGUACUUGUCGCGCUUCUGGUGUGUUUAGUGGAAAUAGCGGAUAUGACGUCUGGUGUGCCCAGUACUGCAGAAAAAAUUCGCCAAACUGUCAGCCUCUCUAUUGUAGCUGUACCUGCAAAUCUCGGUGCACUCUCAAGUCAACGUUUCAGAGUUACUCUGACUGGCUUGGAUCAGACUUUUGUGAUAACGCCUCUUCUCAUCACAAAGGGAUCUUUUGCGAAUGUAUUUAGCAGAAUCUUUAAUCAGUGUUCUUAUUU